GGCUAUUUUGAGGGGGGUGGGGGUGUAUUUGCCCACAUGCAUGUGCUUUUCGUUCGUCCAAAAACGACCCCUUCUCCAUCUCGUGGAUACGUCGCUUGUAAGAGGAUGCUCCUAUCCUACCUACCUAUUUAAUCCACGGUGCCCAGGGUCGCGCCCCCAAACGGUUGUGACGUCUCGUCGUCUGGUGUUCUUACUUAUUACCCCGGCCUCGUCCUUUCUCCAAGCUCAACACGGGUGGUUGUCACCGAGACUCGCCCUCAUCCCGUAUACUUGUUCUUGCGCCGACGUAUAUAAAGAAUCUCGAAUACCUUCCCAGUCGCCAAGGGAAGGAAAGAAAUCAAGCUCAGCCGAGCUAGCCAGAGACGACCCGGCAGGCAGCCGCCGAUCCAAAGAUCCCUGCUAGAUAAGCUUCACAUCUCAGCGGGGGUUUUUCUUUUCUUUUCGCGAAACGUUCGAUUUCCUUUUUCUCGCACGCACCCGGCCCGCUGCGUCACGCACGGCCAGACAUCGGAGACGGCCGGGAAACGGGGGAGCAGGCACGGACGCAGCGGCGUGUAAGCGGAUCCGGGACCAGCUCGAGAUCGCAAAACACCCAUCGACGCUGCUACCCUGCCGUAUUUACCGUUGAAAUACUUUUUGUUUUCUUCCUUUCUUCCCUUUCCCUCUUUGUGGGCCUUCUUCUUCACCUUUUUUCUUCUACUUCUUCCUGGGUGCUGCGCCAACCCGUCCUUCGUCGCCAAAAAUGUCCGACAAGGGCACCAGCGACCACGUCGCCCGGCCGCUGGACGGCGCCGCGGCAGGAUCCGGCAAGAAGAGGGGAUGUGGCGCCCACAUGAAGCGCAAGUGGUGGGCGUAUCUACUCGGCCUGAUCGUCCUCGUUGUCAUUUUGGUGCCUGUCUUAAUCCUUGUCGCGGUCCCCAAGAUCGCGCAAAAGAAGAUUGACGAGGCCCAGCUCGAGAUCCGGGCCUUCUCCGCCCUGAACACGCAGAGCGAAAACUUCACCCUGGGCAUCGACAGCGUCAUCCGCACCGACGGCUCCGUCCACGCCACCAUCGCCGGCUUCGAGGGUGUCAUGUACCUCGAGGACUGGGCGCCCCAGCGGCCCUUUGCGCGCGUGCACUUCCCCGAGACCACGAGUGACGCCUACCAGGAGGUCCGGAUCGAGCAGUUCACCCCGAUCGACGACAUGGACGCCUUCACCGUCUACAACACGUGGCUGCUCAUAAACGAGACCCUGCGCGUCACCGUGAGGGGGGACACCACCGUGCGCGUCAGGGGAAUCGACCGCGCCUACCCGGUGCUCUUCAAGAAGACCCUCACCGUCCCCGGCCUGCGCCUGUUCGAGGGCACCGUCGUGAGGGACCCAGCCAUCUCCCUCACGGGGGACGCCCAGGGGAACAACUUCAAGGGCAUGGUCGACAUCCCCAACCACUCGCAGGUGACGUUUGAGAUUGGCAACGCCACUUUCCACAACUACCUCAACGGCGCCGAGAUCGGCACCGUCUUCAUCAACAACAUGAUCCUGCGCCCGGGCAACAACACCUUCCCCAUGAACGCCAAGGUCGAGAACGGGCCUGUGCUCACCUUCAUGAGCACCAGGCCCGCUUGCGAGACGGGCAGCGUGCCCUUCCAGCUGCGCGGCAAGGACGUUGUCAACAACGGCCAGCGCCUCAGCUACUUCGCUGACUCGCUCGCUAGCGCGAACCAGACCGUCAACAUCGACAUAGGGGGCGCCCUGAGGCACCGCAACGUAACCAUCGCUUGCAGGUCUUGAAGAGAUGACGAUGGAGGUAUUGGUAAUGGAGUGAGUAAUGAAGGCGUCGGCUGUGGAUUCGAGACGGUUAGGAUAAUGGCUGAGCUAGUCCUCCGUAGGACUCGCCAUCCGGCCGCAACCUGUCGAGUCUGAGCCGGCCAGGAAUGUGUGCUUGGAAUUCCUUCUCGUUUUUGUCCAUCUUUUGAUACCAUGGGCUGAGUGCGAAUCUGUGGUGUGGCAGCGGUGCUUAAUGCUGGGACACGGAUGGGUCGGUAUUUUGUUUAUCUUUUGCAUUAUGGCGAGCUAUCAAGCUCCUGGAUGAAUACGAAUCGUGUAGCUAGCCGCUGCCGGCCAUUAUGUGAACUGGCCGAAGCGAUAAUCCCGGGUUAUCCAACCUCGGCCACUCGAGAUGAUUAGAUAUAGACUCCUGCCAUGGCAAAAGUCUGGCGCAUUGGCGGGCCGCAUGCUUUGCAUCUUCUAUUGGUUGUGGCUUGUCUAGC